AUGCGCAGGGUACUCGUCUCUUUGCUCAGUUUUUCUGCCGGGAGCAUUGUUGCGUCGGCUGCGCCAUCUGAGCCUACAGCGCAUGUCCGCAAUGGUACAUACGUCGGAUUAAGAAACAGCCACUAUGAGCAGGACUUCUUCCUUGGUAUGCCGUAUGCGCAACAGCCUGUUGGUGACUUGCGAUUCACGGUUCCUAAAUCCUUGAAUGAAAGCUGGGAGGGCGAGCGCGAGGCGAAGGCGUAUUCGGAUAUUUGUGUGGGAUACGGGACAGAUUCCAUAUGGUAUACUCAGUCCGAAGCGUGUCUUACUCUCAAUGUCAUUCGUCAAUCUUCUGUCAACGAAAGCUCCAGUCUUCCAGUGGGCGUUUGGAUCCAUGGGGGUGGCUUCGCUCAAGGAUCAAGUGCGGAUCAGCGCUAUAACAUGUCUUCCGUUGUCGCCAACGCGCAUGAUAUUGGCAAGCCGUUCAUUGCAGUGUCUCUCAAUUAUCGUCUAUCAACCUGGGGUUUUCUAAGCUCCAGCCAAGUCAGCGGCACAGGGAACACCAACCUCGGUCUUCGAGAUCAAAGACUAGCUCUCCACUGGAUCAAAGAGAAUAUCGCUGCAUUUGGUGGUGACCCAACGAAGAUCACUAUCUGGGGUGAGUCUGCAGGAGCAAUGUCCGUUGGGUACCACCUCGCAGCCUACGGGGGCAGGGAUGACAAGCUCUUCCGCGCAGCGAUCAUGGAGUCCGGGGGAACUAUCGCUGCUGGUCCAGCCAACUAUACCGGCUAUCAGGCACUCUACGACGAGCUGGUGGCAAAGGUCAACUGCACGGACGUGGGGGACUCAUUGCAAUGCCUGCGCGAAGUCCCAUUCGAGAAACUGAACAGCGUCCUCAACGGGACCUAUGGGUCAGCAGCCUACAGCUUCGCCCCCGUCAUUGACGGUGAUUUGAUUCCAAACUGGGGCAGUCUCCAGCUCGACCGCCAUGAAUUUGUCCAGGUUCCUAUAAUCGCCGGAACGAAUACAGACGAAGGUACUGCAUUCGGGCCCACCGGGGUGAACACGACGCAGCAGUUCUAUGCAUAUCUUACCGAUGGCCAGUCCGGGUUCCGACUCCCUCCCUCCAUCGCCAAGCAGAUCCUGCAGCUCUAUCCUGAUGAUCCCUCCUUGGGCAUUCCGGAGUUCCUUGGUUCCAGACGAGUUCCUUCCAAAGGGUACCAGUGGCAACGCACCUCCGCGUACGCAGGGGACGUGACGAUGCACGCCAACCGACGUCGUCAGUGCGAGGCGUGGGCGGCGACCAACACAACGGCCUACUGCUACCGCUUCAAUGUGCGAUCCGCGGAUGUGGACGCCUUGUCUGGGGCUACCCACUUCGAGGAGGUGGCCUUUGUCUUCAACAACCUCGCCGGUCUUGGGUAUCACUACGGACUCCCGUUCGCGGGGAUGCCCGAGUCCUACGCGCAACUGAGCCAGCUGAUGACCAGCAUGUGGGCUUCGUUCAUCCACGACCUGGACCCCAAUUCGGGCAUCAAGAACGACUCGGCGGUCCGGUGGCAGGCAUACGGGCAGGAUCGGCCGGUCGAUCUGGUGUUCAACGCCAAUACUACAAGCUAUAUGGAGCCCGACACGUGGCGGAAAGAGGGGAUUGACUAUAUCAACUCCGUGGCAAGUGCGUACUGGCGAUAA